UCCGUCGUGCUUUCUCUCUCUGCUGGUCAGAAACCGAAGCCAUAGCCCUGGUGAUCCGACCGAUACUCAAUCACACACAUUAUGCUGAAUCCAAUCCACCGCCAAAUUUUAUUUUCCAUCAUCCUUCUUUCGACCUUGCUCUGCAUGUGUCCGGCAACCUGUGCUGCACCUGCGUUUCAUUCUGCUCUAGCCAAACAUGUAAAGAGACGGAUUAGAGGACAAUGGACGCGGAUGAUCAUGGAAGCCGUUACUGAGCAGGAUGAGAAAGUGUUCUCCUCGCCGCUAUCUGGCAUUAUCCUCGACCAUCGACUCCCUGAAAGCGGGUCGAACAGUAUUGCUGCUUACACACUCAAAGGAACCUACAAAGGCCACAACGGGGAAGAUCUCGUCGUCAAGAUUCUACCACAUAACUCCACCUACACUUGGGGCGAAGCCAAAGCGCUCAAAGCGGUUGGGGACUUGGUGGACUCGGGCACCAUAUUGUAUACAAAUCCAGCUCGUGGUGGCUCACCGAAGUAUCUGCCGGCGGUCAUCAUGAAGAAGAAGAGUGGCCAGAUCUUGGAGCACCUCCCGGGUUAUCAGAAUGCAAAGCCAGCGGACAAGAUGAAGUUGCGGACGAGCGUCGUUGCACUGCUGUGUGCGAAGGUUGCGGAGGUUGCUGCUACUAAGAGGGUUGUUCAUAGGGAAAAUCAUAAGAGAAACAUUCUUAUCUCUUUGAAAGAUGACAAAUCCCUCACGGUAUCCUCUAUCGAGCUCGUUGACUAUGGUUGGCCAGGCACCUUCCUCGUGUAUGAGAAUGUCGAUGCAACGGAUGUGAAAUUUGAAGCUCUCAAGGACUGCAAGGAAGAUUGGAGACACCAAUGGAUCCAAGAUAAAUGGGAGGUUUUGAGAAAUGAAGAGUUUGAGGAUCCGGAGGAAUAUUGAGUGAGUUACUGUAACGAAGCCAGGAAAUUAUAGGUUUUGACAGG